AUGUCUGAAGGCCCCUCAGUGGAUAUAACAGCAGAGGAGGAAAGCGUCUUUCUUUUCUACCAUAAACUAAAAAUGUUCGAGAUAUGCGAGUCAAUGAAAAUUCCAAUCCAUGUACAAAGCACAGUGAUUGUGUACUUCAAAGUACUAUUCUUAAAAAAGCGAGUAUUUCACUACGAUAUGAACAACUUGGUCAUGGCUUGUAUACUUCUAGCAAUGAAGGUAGAGAAUAUAAAUAUUACAACUAUGCAGAUAAAGGAGGUAGUCCCUGGUGUAGACGAAAGAUUACUUGCUGAGUACGAAUUGGAAAUAUGCAAUGCACUGAAGUUCAAUUUGCAUGUUCCUUCACCCCACUUAAGGCUAAUUGGUCUUUUUCUGCUGCUGCGCAAUAAAGAGAGUGUUCAGACGGUUAUGACUGGAUCAGUGCAGACUCAGGAUAUUGUCUCGCCUGAUGCAAAUAUAGAUUGGGACACAUCUGCGGAAAAUCUUAAAACACUCAUGCUAUUGGAUAAUUAUCACACACUAGAUCUAACACAGGUAGCCAUUGCAUCACUCCCUGUGCCACCCACUGAGCUGGAGGGCUUCUUUAUGCUGGACACCCUUGAGGCAGCUGGGCACCUGAAGAAGCAAAUGAAACGAAAGAAAUCUCCAUCUAAGGUGCAGAUUAACACGAUCAAAGAAAAGAUAAAGGCAAUUCAAGCCAGAUAUAAAAUAGUGCAACCAAUGGAGGGCUGA